CGGAGACAGACGCGGACACUCGGUGGACCCGCGGCGGUGGCGGUGGCGGCAGCGCGAUGACGGCGGCGUCCGGCUGCCCCCGCUGCUCCCCCCGCUGCCCCCGCUGCUCCCCCGGCAGCUGCCCCUUCCCCCGCGCUGGCGGCUGGGCGGCCGCCUGGCGGGGCGCGGCGCUGCGCUUCGCGCUGGCGCUGCUUCUCCACACGGCCCGGGCCGAGAAGGAAGCUUUCAUCCAGUCGGAUGGCAUAAUAGAAAUGCUACGUUUUGAUGAAGGAGACCUAUUGCAGACUGAGACGACUUUAGGCCUCAGUUCGUAUCAACAAAAAAGUGUAUCCCUGUAUCGGGGAAAUUGCCGACCUCUCCGGUUUGAGCCACCAAUGCUGGACUUCCAUGAACAGCCAGUUGGAAUGCCAAAAAUGGAAAAAGUUUACCUACAUAACCCUAGCUCAGAAGAAACAAUUACAUUAGUAUCAAUAUCUGCUACAACAUCACAUUUUCAUGCAUCGUUUUUCCAAAAUAGGAAAAUUCUUCCAGGAGGGAAUACGUCCUUCGAUGUAGUUUUCCUCGCAAGAGUAGUGGGAAAUGUAGAGAACACUUUAUUUAUUAACACUUCUAAUCAUGGGGUAUUUACUUAUCAGGUGUUUGGCAUUGGAGUUCCGAAUCCCUAUCGAUUGCGCCCAUUUAUUGGGGCACGAGUUCCUGUAAAUAGCAGUUUCUCUCCUAUAAUAAAUAUACAUAACCCUCACAGUGAACCUUUGCAGGUGGUAGAAAUGUAUUCCAGUGGAGGUGAUCUCCAUUUAGAGCUUCCAACAGGUCAGCAGGGAGGUACAAGAAAGCUAUGGGAAAUACCUCCCUAUGAAACAAAAGGAGUGAUGAGAGCCAGCUUUUCUUCAAGAGAAGCAGAUAAUCAUACAGCCUUCAUUAGAAUAAAAACAAAUGCCUCAGACAACACAGAAUUUAUUAUUCUCCCUGUUGAAGUAGAAGUUACAACAGCACCAGGAAUCUAUUCAUCAACAGAAAUGCUAGAUUUCGGUACACUACGAACACAAGAUCUGCCAAAAAUUUUAAAUUUGCAUUUAUUAAAUUCAGGAACAAAAGAUGUGCCAAUUACAAGUGUUAAACCUACACCACAGAACGAAGCUAUAACAGUACAUUUCAAGCCCGUUACGUUAAAAGCCUCUGAAAGUAAAUAUACCAAAGUUGCAAGUAUUAGCUUUGAUGCAUCAAAAGCAAAAAAAGCGUCACAGUCUUCUGGGAAAAUAACUGUUAAAGCAAAAGAGAAGAGCUAUUCAAAACUUGAAAUACCGUAUCAAGCAGAAGUGUUGGAUGGAUAUUUAGGAUUUGAUCAUGCUGCCACACUCUUUCACAUCCGUGACAGUGCUGCUGAUUCCGUGGAAAGACUGAUCUAUCUAACAAACACCUUCAGUUUUGCAGUCCUUAUACAUGAUGUUGUGUUACCAGAAGAAGCAAAACCAAUGUUUAAAGUCCAGAACUUCAGCAAACCAGUCUUAAUUCCACCUAAUGAAUCCAGAUAUAUUUUUACACUUCAUUUUAUGCCUUCCACAUCAGCUGUUCAUAUAGAUAACAAUAUUCUACUUAUCACCAAUGCUUCUAAAUUUCACCUACCUGUCCGAGCUUACACAGGAUUUCUAGAUUACUUUKUACUGUCUCCAAAAGCUGAGGAACGAUUUAUAGAUUUCGGCAUAUUGAGUGCAACAGAAGCUACCAGCAUUUUAUUUGCAGUMAUCAACAGCAAUCCAAUAGAGCUGGCUAUAAAARGUUGGCAUAUUAUAGGGGAUGGUUUGGCUGUAGAACUUCUAACAGCUGAAAAGGGAAACAGAACAACAAUAAUAGCAAAUCASCAUGAACUACAAAAUGCUACUGCAUCUGAUCAAUCUUCUGUGAUCCUAGCAUCAGGCUAUUAUGCAGUGUUCAGAGUAAAUCUAAUAGCGAAGGAUCUUGAAGGAAUUCAUGAUGGAGCUGUACAAAUCACGACGGAUUAUGAGAUUUUAACUAUACCUGUGAAGGCUGUGAUUGCUGUAGGCUCACUGACCUGCUCCCCAAAACAUGUUUUUCUUCCACCUUCCUUUCCGGGGAAAGUAGUUCACCAGAGCCUGAACAUUAUGAACUCCUUUUCUCAGAAAGUGAAAAUACAACACAUACGGUCCCUGUCAGAAGAUAUAAGGUUUUAUUAUAAGAGGCUUAGAAGUAAUAAAGAAGAUUUAGAGCCAGGAAAAAAAUCAAAGAUUGCAAAUAUUUAUUUUGAUCCUGGUUUACAAUGYGGAGAUCACUGUUAUGUAGGACUGCCUUUUCUAUCUAAAUCGGAAUCUAAAGUUCAGCACAGUGUAGCAAUGCAAGAAGAUGCAUGGGAUUCUGACUGGGAUUUGCAUGAGAGUUUAUUUAAAGAAUGGACAGAAAUAAAGGAGAACUCAAGCCAUAGAUUGAAUGCUGUAUUUGAAGUAGACACAGAUCUUCAGAAGGAUGUCCGGUUGAAAAUUACAGCAGAAAUGGCCUGGCCUUCCAUCCUUAGUUCACCACGCCAUCUAAACUUUCCUCUUACCAACACAAAUAGCUCAUCAGAAGAAGAAAUUUUUCUAGAAAAUCCAGCUGAUGUUCCUGUGUAUAUUCAGUUUCUUCCAGUAGCUCUGUAUUCCAACCCAUCCACUUUUGUUGAUAAGCUGUUAGAACGGUUUAAUUUGAGUAAACCAACUAAUUUCAAUCAGAGGACUCUAGAGUUCCAGGUCUUCAGAAAUUGUGUCCAACCACUACAUAGCACUGUGGGACUUACAAAGGGCUUGGCUCGCCAUUCCAUUUUAAGUCUAACAUUAAAACCUGGUGAGAGAAAGUCUGUCAAAGUAAAGUUCACUCCACUUCUUAAUAAAACUGUUUCAUCACUGAUUGUUAUCAGAAAUAACUUGACUGUAGUAGAUGCCAUAAUGGUACAAGGACAAGGAACAACUGAGAGCUUGAAGGUUGCAGGCAAACCUCCUGGUCCAGGAAGUUCUUUACGCUUUAAAAUCACAGAAGCAUUAUUAAAAGACUGUUCAGAAAAAAUGAAAUACAAAGAACCGAAUUUCACACUGAGAAGAACAUUUAAAGUGGAAAAUACAGGGCAGCUGCAGAUUAAUGUGAAAACAAUGGAAAUCAGUGGCUACACAUGUGAAGGAUAUGGAUUCAAAGUAGUUAACUGUCAAGAAUUUGCACUAAGUGCCAAUGCCUCUAAAGACAUUGUCAUAUUGUUUACACCAGAUUUCACUGCUUCCAGAGUUAUACGUGAAUUAAAAUUCAUCACUGCGGGAGGCUCUGAAUUUGUAUUUAUCUUGAACGCAUCGCUUCCAUAUCACAUGUUGGCAACGUGUGCAGAAGCGCUCCCCAGGCCCAACUGGGAACUGGCACUGUACAUAAUCAUCUCAGGAAUAAUGAGUGUACUCUUUCUCUUGGUAAUUGGAACAGCCUAUCUAGAAGCUCAAGGAAUUUGGGAGCCAUUUAGAAGACGCUUGUCCUUUGAGGCCUCAAAUCCUCCCUUUGAUAUGGGAAGGCCACUUGAUCUCAGGAGAAUAGUUGGAAUUUCAUCUGACGGAAACUUGAAUACACUUGGAUCGGAUUCUAAUCACAGUUCAUCCAGAGGAAUUUAUGGAGCAGGCAGUUCAUCUUCACGAUCCGGUGCAGGGAAUCAUAAGCAAUGCAAUGCAACAGCACACCUUCACAGCAAUAGAAAUGCACCUGAUGUUGAAAACAUCAAAUCCAAAACCAAUUCAAGUAUACCUAACAGGACUUCAGCACAAGCCGCUUCCAUGCAGUCAGUGAACAGAACGGGCUCCUUUAGCUUGGAUUCAGGUGCCACAGCUCAGACUCAUGCCGCAGGCAAAAGAGCCAAGGGGACGAGGCAGAACCAGCAGCUGAUACAGCAGCAGGCACCAGCUUUGGCAGAGCAGCCCCUCCAGCAACCCCCAGCAGCCGUGCCCCAGCAGCAAGAGCAACAGACUGAAAGUGCUUUGCCACAGCUCCCGCUGCUCAGCCCACCUCACAGUGAAUGUGCCAGCAGCAGAAGGCACAGCUCCGAGGAUUCAGAUCUCACUGGGCUCAUAGAAACUAUGGAAAAAGACUUUGACCACCCAGAAUCCCCUUCCCCUGAUGUGUUUACAGAACAGCCCCCAUCUCCACUAGCAAAAAACAAAGGUAAUACAAUUCUGCUUUAAUGGGCUUAUUCACUGUGUAAACCACCGGACAAGAUCUAGUCAACUGUAAAGGUCAUGUUUUCAU